AUGCCUUCUUCUCUCAGCAAACCAUUUUGGGGUGAGGCUACGUCUUAUCUGAACUUUUGUAAAGAGGAUUAUGCUAUUACGAGAUAUGUCGCUGAGUUUAUCAAUACUCUCAGCAGCUUGGCUUUCGUUGCCUAUGGAGUAUAUGGCCUGUCCAAACCCGGCUACAAUGGCCAGACUCGCGCUCGUCUGCUUUCCUACAGUGGAUUGAUUGGCGUAGGCCUUUGCUCUGCCAGUUAUCAUAUGACCUUGAAAUAUCACACUCAAAUGUCGGAUGAAUUGUCCAUGCAUCUUUUGACGACACCAAUGGUGUAUCGCCUCUUGACGUUCAAGAGCAGCCCGCAGCGUACCAAGGUUGUGGCCGUGCUUCUUACCAUCCUUUUUACAGUGGUCAUGGUCACUCACAUGGCCAUGGACGAAUUCCUCCUUCAUGCAGCGACUUUUGGUCUUGCCGUCUAUGUAAUCGCAACUCGAACGCUAAAGCUUAUAUUUCAACAAGUGCCAGAUGAGCACAUUAGAAAAAAUCUUCGGAAUAUUGCACUGUUUGGCUGCUUCAAUUUCGCCUUUGGGUACUUUGUAUGGCUAUUGGAUGGCUGGCUAUGCUCGCCGCUGACUUGGAUGAAGCAUUCAGCUGGCCUUCCUCUGGCUUUUUCCCUCGAGUUACAUGGAUGGUGGCACAUCUUUACUUGUAUCGGGGGCUAUGUUGGCGUGGCUCUCGUCGACGCAUUAACAUCAGGCCAAGUCCGUGAGGACCCGAUUCAUCAUCUUGCCUGGCCUGUCUCAUCUGUGGCGAGAUUAUUGGCAGGUGCAAACGCAGCACCAAGCAGGAAUAGGUUUGCCCAUCAGAAACUAAAUUUACCACAAAGCUCUUUGGAGGAGACAUGA